AUGGGGAGGUCGCCGUGCUGCGAGAAGGCGCACACCAACAAGGGGGCGUGGACCAAGGAGGAGGACCAGCGCCUGAUCGGCUACAUCAAGGCGCACGGCGAGGGGUGCUGGCGCUCGCUGCCCAAGGCCGCGGGGCUGCUGCGCUGCGGCAAGAGCUGCCGCCUCCGCUGGAUGAACUACCUCCGCCCCGACCUCAAGCGCGGCAACUUCACCGACGACGACGACGAGCUCAUCAUCAAGCUCCAUGCCCUCCUCGGCAACAAGUGGUCGUUGAUAGCGGGGCAGCUGCCGGGCCGGACGGACAAUGAGAUCAAGAACUACUGGAACACGCACAUCAAGCGCAAGCUCCUCAACCGCGGCAUGGACCCGCACACGCACUGCCCCAUCAGCGCCGCCAGCGGGCUCACCACGUCGACCACCGCCCCUGUCUUCCCUUCCUCUCCGGCGCCGGCCUCCAGGCUCGCCAACGCGCCUUUCGCCUUCCAGAGCAGCACCGUGAGCUUCGCGAGGCCGUCGCCGUCGGACGACGGGCACAGCAGCAGCGGCGGGAGCAGCGACGCGCCCCGCUGCCCCGACCUGAACCUGGACCUCGACCUGGACCUGUCCAUGAGCCUGCCGUGCUCGCCGCCCAAGACAGCGCCGCCCGCCAAGUCCACGCCCACGUCGCACCAGCAGCAGGGCAUCUGCCUGUGCUACCACCUCGGCGUCCGCAACGGGGAGGCAUGCACCUGCAAGACGGCGUCGCCGGCGGGCCCGCGCGUGUUCCGGUUUCUCCGGCCACUGGAGGAGGGUCAAUACAUAUAG